AUGAUAGAAGGUGGAAUAACAUCCAGGAUGUCGGGAAUCAUUGAGAAUGCCGGUCAUCAUCCGUCCCCACAGGACUACAGACUCCUGACCACGGACCCCUCCCAGCUGAGAGUGGAGGACCUCCCUGGGGACCUGCAGUCCCUGUCGUGGCUCACCUCCGUGGAUGUACCCCGGCAGAUGGCUGAUAGAGGCCACAGUAACGGGCCCUCCCCGAGCAGCCUGCUGGAGCAACAGACAGCUCAACUGAGCAACAUGACGAUACCAACUAGUCAGAGCUCCAUGCUCCACCUCCAGAGUAAUAUCCAGCACAGCCCCCUGGGAUUAAGCAUCAUCAACACCCACAAUGGAAGUAUGUCUCCGUUCUCCAUGAAUGGGCUCCCUUCCCCUGGAUAUCAGUGCCCUACCUCAGUUUAUCAGCCCACAUCCCAACAGGUGUACUCUUUGGCUCAAAGCGGACAGCAGUGCUCAGGUGGUGGGCUUUUUAGCAACGUUUCUUUCAGCAACCCAAGUCUUUUCACACAACCUCGUCUGACUUCACAAGAACAAGAGCUGCAGCCUAAAACGUUCCCCAAACCAAUCUACUCCUACAGCUGUUUGAUUGCCAUGGCUCUGAAGAACAGCAAAACUGGCAGCCUCCCAGUCAGUGAGAUCUAUAGCUUUAUGAAGGAACACUUUCCUUAUUUUAAGACUGCACCUGAUGGAUGGAAGAAUUCAGUCCGACACAACCUUUCCUUAAACAAAUGCUUUGAAAAGGUUGAAAACAAGACGAGCAGCUCAUCCCGUAAGGGCUGUCUGUGGGCGCUGAACCCGGCCAAAAUUGACAAGAUGGAGGAAGAGAUGCAGAAGUGGAAACGCAAGGACCUCCCAGCCAUUCGCCGCAGCAUGGCCAACCCUGAUGAGUUGGACAAACUGAUCACGGACCGCCCAGAGAGCUGCAGACGGAAGCCUUUAGAGCCCGGUAUGACCCAGCUGCCUGGCUGUCCAACCGGGCUCCAGUUAGCAGUCCCAGGCCAGAUGCAGCCUCAGCCCAUAGUCGCAUUGUCCCUGCCAUGUUUCCCCAUGCACCAGCACCACCAGCUUCAAGCUCAACUCCAGGCUCAGGCUCGACUGGCCCCCAUGUCCCCUGCUCCAGCCCAGACGCCUCCCCUCCACACCGUCCCCGACCUCUCUCACAGUCCGCUCACCCAGCAGUCCAACAAGCCGCCUGAUGAUUUCUACAGCAUGCACGGUGACACAAACACAGAGGUAGAUGCACUGGACCCAAGCAUCAUGGAUUUUGCCCUUCAAGGAAAUCUGUGGGAGGAAAUGAAGGACGACAGCUUUAACCUGGAUGCUUUGGGAACGUUCAGUAACUCCCCCCUCCGACUAUCGGACUGUGACUUGGUGACAACCAGCCUCCCUCCCGUCUCCAGUGGGCUGAGCUUACCGCUGUCAGACGUGCAGGUGACAGGGCUCUACACCUCGUACACCUCGCAGGACCCCCUGUCUUCACAGUACAUGGGGACCCCGGCCAACAGCAAGCCUAUUGCCCUGCUUUAAAGGAGACAAAGUGAUCACUGAACACAUCUGACAUGAUUCACUCUGCUGUUUGUGGACGACAUAA